UCAAAGCUUGUCAGUUAGCAGGGGAAAAUGGCCAAGCCCUCUACUAGCAGGACUCCGAGAGAUGAACAGGAGCAGGAAAACAACGGGUACGUUCAUGUGCUCGUUACGCCUUUAGAGUGUAGCGGAUUAAAUGUAUCGCAGUGGUUUGGACUAACUCACAUACGACUGACGACACAGCAGCGGCAUUUGCUGACUACGGGAGUUUGCCUACUCGGCGCGAUUUUGGUAUACUGGUUGGUGACGUUGGACUUAGGAUUGAUUCUGCAGCGAAUAUGUUCCGUAAUCGUACCGCUGUUCAGCAUCAGUUCGGCGUUCUACUGGCUGCCGGUGUACUUCCGUCGCUCGUGGAACGCCGCCAGUGUGUACAUGUUGUUCAUCGCCUGUUUCGGAGGCGAAAUCGUCGGCCAGACAAUGAGCGUGCGGACCGAUUCGUAUCUCGCGUCGCCAGUACUACUGACGGCGGUGCUCGGCAGCGUCGGCCUCGCGAACACCUUCUCGUCGCUCGACUCGCGCGAGAGCGCCGCCGUGAUAUCGUUCGUCAGUGUGAUCCGUUUCGUAGCAGUCACGCUGCUCACGGAGAUUCCGAAGGGCUUUCGGCCGUUCGUGGCGUACGUCUGCGGCGCGCUGGGUGUCGUCCUCGCAAACCACAUGGAGACGAUGAUGAGGCCGGCUGGCGGUAGUGGCCUCGUCAUGCACGAUGCAAAGAUACCGGCGGUGAAGAGACGGCGAACGUCCAGCAGCGGCAACGGACCACCCGCGUUUAACCACAGAGGACGCAGGACGUCGUUGCCGGCGCUGGGACUCAUACAAAAGAACCAGGUCCAGGCGAGUACGUCCAGCUACGACAUGGCGCUGAUGGGCGAGGCACACGGACUCAUCACAGACAUGCUUGCCAACCCCGACCUGCCGCCUACGAUCGUCAGUGGCCUGCGAGCGGUCGCCAACCUCCUGAAUCCACCCAAGCACUUCACUCACAAUUUCCAGAAGCCCAAGAUGAGUCCGCUGUUAUCACUGACAGAAACUCUGAAUAGCUCCGAUACUGAGGAGAACCCAUAUACGGGAGAGAGACCGUCGUCAUUCCCAAGGAGGCUCCGCCGCAGAUCUUCCACGAACCUUGCUGCGUCGCAUGUCGGCGUCGACGUUGGCGACGACGACGUCGGCGACCGGCGGCCGACGGCUCGCAGCCCGAGCCGCGCAGCAGCCGCAGCGCCUCCUUCAGGCACGCGACACUCGGAACCCGGCAGGGUGAUACAGGAGGUGGACGGUGUGAUUUUCAACCUCGACCAGAUGGACUCUUGUGAGUCGGUGAACCGCCUCUCCGAUUGGAACUACCAGAUAUUUGAUCUGAACAUGCGAUACAGCACCACAAUUCUCAGCCGGCUAUCAUAUAAGGUGUUUCAAGAUGUAGGCCUGUUUGAAACCUUCAAAAUUCCGGUAAAGGAGUUCCUUAGCUACUUCCAUGCGGUGGAGAUGGGAUAUCAUGAUAAACCAUAUGCACCUCAACUCCGACGCAGCUCGGCUAGGAGAUUGCACUGCAUCGCAUUCUAA